AGGACAGCAAUGCAAACGUGCAAAUUAACAUUAAAUAUUAUUUAAUUAAUUUAGUGACAAUGGACGUCGAUUACCUUCGACCCAAAACGAUUCCAAUAUCAGAAACUGCCUUGUGGUUUGAAUUUUUACUCGAUCCUACUUUAUUAGAGAAACAUCUUGCUAAACCGUCACCAGAUCCUACACCUACGGAGUUAAUUGUGAAAUUUUUGUCAAUAUCACCAGAUACAUAUGACAAUAAACCAGCAGAAGAUGGUGCAAAAUCAGAGACAAAUGCUGGAGUUUCGAAGAAGCAUUUUGCUCUUAAAAUAUUGUCGUUGAAAGUUGCUGCUCAUCUGAAUUGGAACUUAAAUGUGUUCGAGAGCGAACUACCUUUCCAAAAGCAAGUAUACUUGCUUAAGGAUUUAUUAAGUGUCUGCACAGGCGAAGAACUUCCAAUACCAUUAACAUUAGAUUUUCUCCAACAAAAACAUGGUUUCAAAUCAGACAAACCGGAAGAGGAAUCUAAUGAGAGUAAAUCUUCUGAAGAAUGGAACAGUAUUUUUACAACAGAUAAUGCUAGAUUUGCAUUGACUCUGUAUCAUCGUUGGGUGUUGACUGUGCAGGUUUAUCGUGGGUUGCAACCGAGGAAUAAUAAGACUACUUAUGUUCAUGUUCCCGGUUUACAAGACAGCAACGCCACCCAAUUCACAGCAAUCGAUGACACCUGCAUCGCAAGUCUGGAUCAAAUUUCCCACACCAGUAUAGAUUAUUUAGAAAAAAUAUCCAAGCAAACGGUUACACCUUUCAAAUGCCUAGGAUUCGAGUCUUUUGCACCCCUGCACGAGUCUACAGAAAGCACUGAACAAUCAUUCGAAGGAGGUUUCUAUAUAUCACCCCAGGAAUUGAAUACACAAAUACAUUUUGAUAUUACUAUGUACUAUUUGUUUAUAAGGAAAUAUGGGGUUGCAAGAAAACAUAUUUUGAUUUGCAAGGAGAACUUUUAUGAGUUGUUGAAAGAGUAUGGAAUUAAUGAUGGUGAAGAAGCUCCGAAAUUUAAAUAUUGUACGGUUACUAGGAAGGAUUUGGAUGGUUAUUUGGAAGCUUGUUUGGGUGCUAACGGAGGAUUGUUGCAGAGAUUAAAAAUAGCAGCUAUGAAUCACUAUAAUGGUAUAUUAGAAAUUCUUGAAGCCGACAACUUAUCAAGAGAAAUACCUUUGAUACAACGAACAUUAACGGAAUUGGAUAUAAAAGGAGCAGUUUCAUUGAAGGGCUUCCAAAUGCCACAGGAUAUAAUUUUUAGAAUUGAAGUCUUAAAUACCGUUAGGUCUGUUUUAAGUGAUACUACAUAUUUAGUUGCAAAUGAUUUUCUGGAACGAUUGAAAGCCGGCGGAGACCAGUAUUUUUGUUUUUUGCUUUCGGCCUUCAAAAAUGUUCUUCCUACCGCAACACCAGAAGAAAAAGAAAAUAUAGAAUCAUAUUUCCAACAUCUUAUAGAUUUAGGCAUAGAAGAAUUAGUAGUAUACUUACAAGAAUUUCAAAUACCUUUGAAUAUCGAGGCACCAGAAGCUUCCAAAGAAAUCCCAAAGGAUGAUUUCUUUGAUGCCGGUUACAUAGAAUAUCUUACCAUGUUUAAUAAUAAUUGUUUUAUAGAUGAAUUUCAAGGGGAUAUGAGUUUUCGUGAAGCCUAUAUCAAGCGUACAGAACAAUGCAUGCUUGAAGGUAAAUUAGUACAAAGUAUGGAUGCUGAAGAAAUCAGACGACUGUUGGUAAAAUUAGUGGCUACAAAUCCUGCAGAACCUUUGUGGAAAGUCUAUGCAGAUUGGACUAUACCAAUUCCAUUGCAAAGUGUGAUAAUGGUUUUGCCUUUGGGAUUUCUUCAAGAUUUUUCAUAUAUUUUAUUAGCUAAAUCGAAGCAGUUACUUUACAUGAAGCAUUAUUCAGGAGCUCUUACUCUAUUAUAUGUCCUGGAAAAAGAAACACGGGAGCAAACUGCACCUGUGGUUGUGAAAUUAUCCAAAUUGAUAGCUUGGGAGAUUUUGUUAGUGCAAUGUCAGAAACUUUUAGAUGAGUGGCAGAAAAGAAGUAAAGGUGCUGAUGCUCAAAGUAUAGCCAUGAGGUGCCGCCAAUGUUUAUCUCCUUCCCAAGGACUUGAUAAUAUUAUUCCCAGAAUAGAGAUAAAAGAAUAUGCAGCAGCUACCCUAUUGGCUUUGGCUGAUUGGGAUACAUUGGCGUCAUUGGAACGCCAAUAUUGCAGUUUAGAGAUUUUUGGAGCCAUGGCACAUGCUGCCAAUGAUCUUGUCAAAUAUAAAGCCAGCAAAAAACUUAAUAGAGACGCCUGGGACUUAAUGCUUCCACUUUUUGGGACAGUUUCCAACAAAAGAAGUAAUACUGGAAAUAUGAUGCAUAGAGAUUCUCCAAUAUCUGCAAAUAAAGAGAAUUUAUUAAAUUUUCUAUCAAGACUAAGAGAUGCCACAGUAUUCUCCGUUGUGAUAUCCUUGUUAACAAAACUGCACAAUCUGUUAAAAGAUGAACCAAAUAUGGAACUAAACGUCGAAUAUUUAUCGUUAUGGCCAGGAAUGGUUAGCAACUCAAAUUCUUACAAUUCUCGUACAGUCAGCGAAACUUUACGUUCUGUUCUCAACGAGGCUGUGAAAUAUUAUCCUAAUAAUACUAACUGGAUCAAGUUGCAGGGAGAUUUGGAUUUUGUUUAUGGACAUUUUGAGUCAGCAAUGAGAAAGUACAUUGAAGCUAUAAUAGUCGGUUCAGAAUACAUGACUUUACCUCUAAAUAAGCCAUUAAUAGAUGAUACUUUAAUCAGGAGAAUGAUUAAAACUUGCUGUAGUUUAGGAUGUAAUACUCAGGCAGCAGUUUUGUGCCAGUUUUUGGAAGAAACCGACUACGUAUUAGCUUUCAAAAGCCUUUCUGAGAAAAGUACAUCUUUCGAUGCAAUGGAUGCAUAUUAUGCAUUUAUUUGGGAUCCUGCCUUAUUAGAAUUUAUUGUAAAUUUGCAUCAUAAACGUGGAGAGAGUAAAAGACGUCAGCAAGCGAUAUCGCUAAUGGGACUCCUGGAAUUAAAUUCUAAUAAUAACGAAGAAAUACAAAGAGAAGCUGCUGCCAUUAGAAAGUCGCAGUUUAUAAAAGCUCUCGACAGCCAAUUUCGACAAUAAAUAUAAAUUAGAAUUAUAAAUUUUAUUUUAAUUAGUCUAAAAAAAUAAUUGUAAAUUAAAAUUGUACUUUUAAAAAUUGUAAAUAAUAAUACUGUCUUACAUUAGUAAGUAGUAUUUGGAACU